AAAGCACCUUCCGUCAUGGCAACCACGGGCAUGCAGCUGCUGGGCCUGAUCAUGUCGAUCGUUGGCUGGGUGGGUGGCUUAGUAGUGUGCGCCAUCCCCCUGUGGCGGGUCACUGCUUUCAUAGGCAACAACAUAGUGACGGCUCAAAUCAUCUGGGAAGGCCUGUGGAUGAAUUGCAUAGUGCAGAGCACGGGUCAGAUCCAGUGUAAGGUGUACGAUAGCUUGCUGGCUCUGCCCAGCGACAUGCAGGCCGCCCGCGGCCUCACUGUGUUCUCCAUCCUGCUCUGCGGCGUAGCUCUGGCCCUGGCAGUCCUCGGAGUCAAAUGCACCAAAUGCAUCGGCAUCAACAGCCUCAAGGCCCGCAUCGCUCGCAUUUCCGGCGCGUUGUUCGCCAUCGCGGGGUUCCUUUACCUCGUCCCUGUCUGCUGGACCGCCCAUUCCAUCAUCAGGGAUUUCUACGACCCGCACGUGGCAGCCCCACACAAGCGGGAGCUCGGCCCUGCCCUCUACAUCGGCUGGGUGGCAUCGGCUCUGCUCCUGAUCGGCGGCUCUCUGCUCUACGGAGGGUCCAGUCCCCCCGGCAUCCCAGGCUCUCCCACCUUCAGCAGCGGCGAAAGCAGUCCCCGCAGGGCUCCUGCAACACAGGUCAAAGGUUACGUCUGAAAGCCCCUCGUCGAAUCCACCACAAACGAUGACAUUAUGACUCAUUUUUGCUCCUCUUGAGUUUGCUCCUUUUUCAUAAUUAUGCCUAUAAUGUUUCUCCAGUUUACAUUUUUUUUCUUUUUCUUAUUUAAAGCUACACGAAGCUCUAUAGAGAAAAUGUAAUUUUUUUUUAUGAUUUCAUACCUAUUUUUUUUUUAAAUAACACUUUGUUUCUGUCUGUCAGUCAAAUACAAUAAAAGUUGUAUCCUCUCAUGAGGAAAAUUGUGUGUGCACAUUUUUACCAAUAUAAAAUCUUUUAAAAACCUUU